AUGGCAAGGACUUACCCACCCUACGACUUCGGGAAUCGCACACUUAGCGAGACUCUCUCCUCUCUUGCAAGCUCAACACCAGAGCGUAUUUACGCUUCUAUUCCCAAGACCAAUGAUCUUGCCGAUGGAUUCAAAGAUAUCUCAGUCUCUGACAUGGAGCGCAUGGUGGUAUCCCUGGCUAGCUGGCUGGAGAGUAUGUGGGGCAGGUCGUCGAACUUUGAGACCAUUGCAUAUAUUGGGAUACCUGAUCUCCGAAGUGUUGUGUUGUUCUUCGCAGUUAUAAGGAAUGUAUAUAAAGUAAGUUCUAUCCACUGUUAAGGUCUUCGCUAAAUUUGAGGAUGAAAAGACAUUUUUUCCGUCACCACGUAAUGCGAUGGAAGCGAUUAUCAGCCUAUUAGAAGAAACAGCAUGCUCGAAGAUAAUUUAUGCAAAAGAAGUGAAGCAUAUAAUGGAACAAAUAUGCGCCUUGAGGCCAACUUCUGCGAUCGAAAUCUCUUCCUUUGAAGAAAUCUACCGAAAGAAACCAGCCGGUGCUAUCUCUCCAGCCAAACGGCCAUUUGAAGAAGUUAAAAACGAUCCAUUCCUCAUUUUGCACUCCUCGGGAUCCACCGGGUUCCCAAAACCAAUCACCAUGACCAACGGCACCUUUGCCGUACUAGACAGCGAACGAUUUCUUCCCAGUGUCCCUGGUCGUACCAACAGAGAUUUUUCAAUUUGGAAUUUCGAGGGCGGAGGAAAGUUCUUCACGGUUUUUCCGUACUUCCAUCUCGCUGGAUUUCUGUCGCUUGUUGUGAAUCCAGUGUUUACAGAAGCUUCGAGUCCGGUUAUUGGGCCUCGGCUAGCGCCGCCCAGUGGUGGUCUUAUGAAAGAUGUUUUGAGUAGGCAGGAUGUUAGAGCCAUGUAAUAUAACUCAUCUUUCUUUCACUGUAUUUCUUUUAGCUUGUACCGAGCGACUAGAGAGCCUCUUAUACUCUACUCUCCUCGCCUACACAACGCCUUUCAGAGCUGACCUAGCGUAGAUAUGUCCCACCAUCUCUUGCAGAGCAGAUGCUCACGGAGCCUGACGGAAUCGAGUACUUCAAGCGACUAGACUUCGUUUGCUACACUGGGGGCCCAUUCUCCCCAAGUACUGGAGCGAAAUUAGUACAGGUGACGGAACUCGUACCACUAUACGGCUCAACAGAAGCAUUCCAAACACCACAAUUGGUCCCAUCAGAAGAAGACUGGGCGUACAUGGAAUGGAACCCAAACUUCAAACAUCGCAUGGACCCCGCCGAAGACGGAGCAUAUGAAUUGGUGCUCUUAGCGGACUCCUCAACCGAGAAGAUGUCUGCGCUGAACCAUAACUUACCCGGAACUUCUGAGUGGAGGACACGAGACCUGUUCAUGCCGCACCCGUCAAAACCUAAUCUAUGGCAAUACUACGGGCGACGAGAUGAUAUCGUAGUUUUCUCAAAUGGUGAAAAGUUCAACCCUGUUCCUAUGGAGCAGUUUUUGUCUGGGGGAAGUGUUUUGAGUGGAGUUUUGGUAGUUGGACAAGGUCGUCUGCAGGCUAGUCUUCUUCUCGAAUCCAAAUCUGGGUACGAUCACGACGAUAUCGCUCUCCUCGAUGAUAUUUGGCCGCUGGUAGAACAAGCCAACUCCCUCGUCCCCGCUCAAGGCCGAAUCAGCAGGUCCAAGAUAUUGGUUGUUGCCCCUUCCGCAUUUGUCUGAGCAGGCAAAGGAACGGUGAUCAGAAAGCUUUCAGAGAAGAAGUUGCAAGCGGAAGUGGAUGCGCUCUAUCAGAUGGAAACGUCUCGAGUCUCUUUGACAAACAAGUUUGAGAAGUUAGCCGUCGAGGCAUUUGUUAGGGAUAUCGUGACUGAUGCGUUCACGAACACGAUUGGUGUUGAUGAUGAUUUCUUCGAAUUGGGAAUUGAUUCACUGAAGACCAGCGAGAUAAUUCGCAACUUGAGAACUGGCGCCAAACCAAUCUGUUUGUCCGAAAAUCAGGAUUGGAUUUCACAGGAUCUGGUAUACCGCUCCCCCUCCAUUUCUCAACUGUCGGAAGCUUUGUUUCGAAUGUUCACUGGUGGGAAAACAUCUCCUAAUCAACGUAACCAGCUACAAGCACAUAUAGCCGCAACUAUCGCCGAACAUACGGAGAGUUUUCCAAAGCCUUCUCCUGCUAUGACUAAUGACUCGAACGAGGCAUUGACAAUCGCACUGACUGGAUCGACGGGAUCUCUAGGGACAGCACUUCCCCGGAAACUAGUCCAAGGUCCCAAAAGGCUCAAGAUCUAUUGCUUAAACCGACGUGUCUACCAGGAGCACGAGAAAGAGUUCGCUAAUAAAGUCCGACUUUUCAAAGUCCAAUUCCACGAGAAGAAUCUCGGACUCGGAUACGAAGAUUACCAGACCCUGCUUUCGGAUGUCGACCUCAUAAUCCACAAUGCCUGGCAACUAAACCUUUCUUUGCCACUCAAGGCAUUCCAACAACAUCUUCGUGACGUCCGCAACCUAAUAGACUGGAGUCUACAAAGUCCUCGUCGCCCACGCCUCGUAUUUUGCUCAUCAGUAAGCUCGGUGAUGAACUGACCCCUUUCGAAUCCCAAUCAGCCUAUCCCAGAGACCUUGAUAAGUACCCCCGGAAGCUGUCUGGGAACUGGCUACAGCGCUUCGAAAUUCGUCGCUGAACAAAUUCUUGGUGUGGCAAGCGAACAAACCGGGCUUGACGUCGUUAUCCUGCGUCUAGGACAAAUCGUACAAUCAGGAGAUUUCUCAUUAGAUUCAACCCGACUAGAUCGCGCCUGGAUACCUGGUCUCUUUGAAACUUCUAGAACUCUUGAGUGCUUCCCUAUAGACAUCUGUGAUAUUGAUUGGCUCACUCUCGAUGAAGCUUCUGCGAUUGUACUCGAAUUAGCAAUGCAAAAGCUACCCACAUCGAAUGUUUCGAAUGGCCAAAUUCUUGUGUCUAACGUGGUCAAUCAUUCUACCUGCUCCUGGGAAGACGUCCUCCCACGUCUUUGUGAAGCUGGAAUAACUUCCAACGUCCCCGUUACUCUCACAGACUGGAGAGAGAGGCUUCAAAAUGCGAUAUCUUCUAGAGGAAACGACAGGACAAGUCUGCCGUCUUCUCAGAUCAUGCCAUUCUUCGACGCUUUGGGGAAUGGGAAACAAGGGUUGAGAUACCAAACUCAAGGGGCCAAAGAUGCGUCCCCUACUCUGGAGGCAGCUCUGCUUGUAGAUAGAGAAAAGGUGCUGAGUUGGAUAAGGUUGUAA